UUGCAGGAGGUGUUGCUGAGCUACAUCGCUAACCCUCAGCUGGAGCUGGCGCUGGUCAUGCUCAUCGUGCCCUUCAUCGUCAACUCCAUCAUGUUCUGGGUGGUGGACAGCCUGAUGAUGAGGAAGUACAAGACGACGAAGAGCCUGGACGACUCCUGCGACAGCUCGGAGAAGAAGGCCGACUCGCAGCCCUGGGAGAACGGCGAGGAGUCACGGGUGCUGCUCACCGUCGAGACGGACACGGAUGAGGCGUCGGAGGAGGAGGAGGAGGAGGACGACGACGAGGAGGGACCGGUCCCCAAUGUGCAUUAUUCAGGGGGACCAAUAAGACCCAGCUGGGUGUUGGUGUAAAAGCAGGUGACGUCCGACUCAUCCAUCCACCGUCCACACACACUUCAGAGCCCGAACACGGACAAAAACAAGAAGCCUUGCAUCCUCAUGUGCUCAGAUUAAAGGUCUAAAUAUAUAUAAGGUAAUUUAACCUGCGAAUGUGAACACAGCAGCUGCCUUCUUCUUCUUCUUCUUCUUCUGCACUGAAGGUGUGAUUACAGGUCGACUCUGUAGAUGCAUGGAAAUCAAACUGCAUUCUGGGGAUUAGAAGCUCUUUUUUUUUUUAAUCGUCUCACCUCGCUGCCCUCCGUUCUGCGUCAGAGCGUAACCACACCUGAACGUGUGAGGAGAGAUUAUCACGGAGCGCAGCGGCCGCAGGGCGAAACACACGGAAAAGAACAAGUGACUGAAAUAAAUCUGUCCUUUUCUAAAGAAUCAUUUAUCGUGGGUCACGUUCCAAAGAGGAGCAAACCGGUGAAGUAUCUUUACAUAUGUAUUAAAAAGUGCUGUUCAACUUUACUCCAUCAAAUAUAAUCACUUCACAUCUGCCUUUUUUAAUGAAGGUGUAAUUAUCGUCAUUCCUCGUGUUUUUAAAUUGGUUGACAUUUGUUUUAAAGGUUGUAGAAAAGGUCCAGGUCACGCUAAGAGGUGACACAAUGAUUUUCAUAUCAGUAACACACAGCAGAGAAGUUCUAAUGUUUGUUAAACAACGUGAUGGACAAAAAUAAAGGAAUCAUUUCUGAGAAUAUAUUUAACUUUUAUUAAGUCGAAAUCAAACAGACAAAUUAGUAUUUUAACAUUUUGAAUUAAAUGAGAAAAUCAAAACAACUUGUCAGUCUGUUACAUACGUAGCGAGGUUAGCUUAGCUUAGCGUAAAGACUGGAAAUUGGUCUGGCUCCGUCCACAGGCAACUAAAUCCAAUUAGUGUACAGAUGUGAGAGGAAUGGUUUUUAUUCUCCUCCUCAUUUUACAAAACGUCGUCAAUAUGAAAACAGAAAAGUUAUUCUAAAAUAAAAAGAACGGGCUCGGCCGUCGUCGUUCUCUCUGUGGGAGGACGCAGCAGCUGUUAUCUUAUGGCACAUGUCUUAAUUUAUUCUGUUUAUAUUUUAUAUAUAUAUAUAUUUGAUUGUGUUCUGAUCUGUGGUGACGACGGUGGAAUAGAAGGUUUUUAAGUUCGGAAACAGGAGAAACGUCCGAGCUCAGAUUUAAAUUCAGGAUGAAUUGAAGUAGGUGACUGUUGUAUAUUAAUCAUCAAACGUGUCAGUUUACUUGUUUACAUUUCUAGAUUCGAAGGUUUGACGUUUCCUGAUUUAUUUUCUAUUCCAACGUAGCUUUGUGUACAUUUUUUUUUUUUUGUAAUCAAUGAAAUGAAGAUCAUGCGGAGGAAGCGACACAGCACGUCCUUAAGUGUCGUCAUCGGGUUGUACCGCGGUGCUUCUGUAUCUCUUGAAUCUGUGCGAUGAAUAAAGAUGGCUGACACAUGAA